UAACGAUGGGUUGUGCCAUCUGCUAACCCGUGCGUGCCCCGCUAUGAAGCCCCAGACCCUGGGAUUAGCUAAGGACGCCUGGGAGAUAGCGCGGGAAUCCAUCAGCCUCAACAAGAAACUCGGCAUGGGAUGUUUCGGAGACGUGUGGAUGGGCACGUGGAACGGCACCACAAAGGUGGCGGUGAAGACGCUGAAGCCGGGCACCAUGUCACCCGAGGCCUUCCUGGAGGAGGCUCAGAUCAUGAAGCGGCUGCGGCACGACAAGCUGGUGCAGCUCUACGCCGUGGUGUCAGAGGAGCCCAUCUACAUCGUCACCGAGUUCAUGAGCCAGGGCAGCUUGCUGGAUUUCCUAAAGGAUGGGGACGGUCGCUACUUGAAGCUGCCCCAGCUGGUGGACAUGGCUGCCCAGAUCGCGGCAGGCAUGGCCUACAUUGAGCGGAUGAACUACAUCCACCGGGACCUCCGCGCAGCCAACAUCCUGGUAGGAGACAACCUGGUGUGCAAGAUCGCUGACUUCGGCCUCGCCCGCCUCAUCGAGGACAACGAGUACACAGCGCGCCAGGGUGCCAAGUUCCCCAUCAAGUGGACAGCCCCGGAGGCUGCGCUCUUUGGGAAGUUCACCAUCAAGUCGGACGUCUGGUCCUUCGGCAUCCUCCUGACUGAGCUGGUGACCAAAGGCCGGGUGCCCUACCCAGGGAUGAACAACCGGGAGGUGCUGGAGCAGGUGGAGCGGGUAUACCGCAUGCAGUGCCCGGGCAACUGCCCCCCGUCCCUGCAUGAGGUGAUGGUGCAGUGCUGGAAGCGGGAGCCCGAGGAGCGCCCCACCUUCGAGUACCUCCAGUCCUUCCUCGAGGACUACUUCACCGCCACCGAGCCCCAGUACCAGCCGGGGGACAACCAGUGACCUGGCGCUGGCACCCCCCAAGCUGGGCUCUGAGGUGGCUUUUGGGCAAAUCUCCCCCUUUUUGCAGGGUGGUUGUUGCUCGCU